UCUUUGUUUCUUUCACUACAUACUACUCCAUAUAAUAUACCAAUGGGGGAGAGCCGCGGCAGCAUCUUCUUCUUCGGGACCUACAGGCCACCUGUGCCCCUGGACAUCUUCUCCUGCCCGGCUGAUCCGCCGCCGUCAUCUGCCGAGGACGAGCUUCUCCUCACCGACGACGCGUCAUACAACCAGAACGGCCGGCCCGUCCCGCCGGCGGCGCUCAAGGAGAUCCUGGGUUUCCUGGGCAAGAAGAACCCCGAGCUGGCCUCCGACUGCGGCGCCACCCUGGAGGACGUGGACACGGGCCACGUCACCGGCAUGGUUUUCGUCUCCGAGAGGGACCGCGGCCUUGAGACGCUGCACCUAGCUCUGCGCCGCUCUACCGGGGGCAAGGUGAAGGUGCUGAGCCUGCUGGGCGACAUCUAUGGCUUGGACGAUUUAGGCGUGCGCAUGGAGGACAGCGGCUGCAUCGCCGGCGGCUACAUGGUGGAUGGCGUCACCGUGGGCCACUCACUCGUCUACGUGUCCACCAAGGAGGAGGUAAAAGCCCGGCGCACCCCGUGGACCGUGGUCUACAGGACCGACCUUGCCGACGGCAAGACCGAGCGCCUCACUCCACAGGGCCAGUACGAUCUGAGCCCGGCCGUGUCGCCGUCCGGGAAGAUGGUGGCGGUGGCCAACUUCCAGAAGAGCGAGUGGAACGGCGAGAUCGAGAACCUCAAGACUGACAUCGUGAUCAUGGAGGUGCACUGGCGAGGGCUGGGGGGCGAUGGCCGCAGGCGUGUGAUCAAGGACGCCGGCUGGCCGACCUGGGGCAGCGACAACGUCAUCUUCUUCCACCGAGGGUUCGACAAGACGCCGCCCACCAACACCGCAGACUGGGCCGUGUUCCGAUACGACCUCGCGGCUCACAAGGAAGAGCGGGUCACCCCGGUGGGCAUCGACGCCAUGACUCCGGCGGCCAUCAGCGAGACCAGAGUGGCCGUGGCGACCGUCCGACAGAAAUCCAAGCAAGUCGAAAUGGAGGUGGAGCGCGUGAUGGAUCAGUACCGGCACGUGGAGAUCUUCGACACGACCACCCCUUGGUGCUCUGUGCAGAUCACCCAGAGGAUGAGGCCGUUGGGAGACCACUACAACCCCUUCGUGCUCGAUGGCGGCAGACGCAUCGGCUACCACCGCUGCAGAACCGACAAGCUCACUCCGCACGGUGAGCAGAAAAGCAUCGAGAAGAGGUUCGACAAGGUGCAGUCGGAGGAACCGGAGGUCGGGCUGUAUAGGGUGACGGGCGUGUUCCCGUCCAUCUCCAAGAACGGCAAGAAGCUGGCCUUCGUGGACAACGAGUUCCAGGCCGUGUGGCUGGUGGAGGCCGACAGCGAAGCCGCCCCGCGCGUUGUCUACAAGGCCAAGUCCAACAAGAGCGUCUUCUCCACGUCGUGGAACCAGAAGGACGAGCUGGACACGCUCUACGUCUGCGAAGGCCCAGCUUUCAGCAUCGAGAAGCCGGUGCAGAUCAUCAGGAUCCCCAACGUGUCCACCAAGCUGGACCCCGAGGACGAGGAGCAGGAGUCGUUCCCCCUCACCGACCACAAGUACAACUGCGCCUUCCCGUCCACCAACCCGGAGGGGACCAAGCUCGUGUUCCGCUCCAGCAGGGACAGGGUCCAUGGAGGGAAGAGGGAGGACAAGAACCUCUUCAUCAUAGACGCCGAGAAGGGGGAGCACGCCGGCGUGGACCAGCUCACCGAUGGGCCAUGGACAGACACCCACUGCAGCUGGUCACCCAGGGAAGGCUGCGACUGGAUCGUCUUCUCCUCGAGCCGCGGUAAGCCGGGCGGCGCGCCCGUUUCGGACCACGGCUUGGACUCGGGCUACUUCUCUGUCUACCUGGUGAACGCCAAGGACAUGGGCGUGGUGCCGGUGCCGGUGCCGGUGCGGGUGAUCCACAGCGCGCCCACCAUCGCAGGACACGUGAACCACCCCGUGUUCAGCCCGGACAUGAUGAGCAUCGUCUUCACCGCCGACCUCGCCGCCGUCUCCGUCGACCCCAUCUCCAUGCCGCACUUCAUGCACUCGGUCAGGCCCUACGGCGACAUCUUCUCCGUGGAGCUCCUCGACAGGGAGAACAUGGCCAAGAACAAGGACAUCCACAAGUACCACCGGGUCACGCACAGCCGCUACGAGUACUCCACGCCUACGUGGUCGCCCCACACCGACGGCCAGCAAGACCCCAACGCCAGGUGGAAGAUGCUGGAGAGAGUCCCGUACAUCCCGCCACGGUGCCCGUACGCGCGCGGCCAACUUGGCGAGAAGGAGGGCUGGCACAUGACCGGCCACCUCAUCAUAGACAAGAGGUCCUGCUGAUUAUGAAUCAUCAGCGCCCGGUCCAUCACUCUCCCUCUCCGGCCGUUUCGUUUCCAUCUGCCUAGCUACAAAUCACGCGCGCUUCUUCUUCUGGCCAUACUUCACUUGUACUACUCCACGUCCAACUCUCUUCUCUUGUCGUAGCUUCAUGCAUGCACGCAUGCAUCCAGCUAGCAGUUUUCUUUCCCAUGCAUGAGGUACGCACCCAUGCAAUUAAUAAAAUGAGUCUGUCUAAGCCUCA